AGUCUGUUAAGUUUAGUUGUAGUCUGAAUUCAACUAAUUGGAUGGCAGCUUAAUGUUUAUGUUAGUUAUAAUUAUGCAUUUGCUGGCAUUAGUUGACUUGAGAAUGCUUUGAAAUUCAGUUAAUUUGAAAUUUUGAAUCAGUUGCGCUUCGUGCGCUUUCUUGGCACGCGCCCAUCUCUAAUACACAUUCAGCUCGGUGAACAGCUGUUUCGAGGCCUCUCGUAUGCUUUCUGUUUUCAUUUUGAUUAAAGCAUAUUCCGAUGAUUAAACCAGUCGAGAGUCGCAGUCGCAGUCGUCGUGAGAAAAUCGUUGCGGGAGUUGAGCGUCGAAAAAGUCAAUCGAAAAGCCAUUUGAUGUAAAAAAAGAGGAAAAUUGCUGGCAGCCAGAGGACAAACAAACGAAUAAGCACAACGACUGGAAUUUCGUUUGCAGAUUGUCUACAUCAAGAUUUGCAUUGGAGUUAGCAUAUUUUGCUGAAAAACUUUCAACGCCAACGCAGAAAAUCUAAAGGCGACGACGACGUCAGCAGCGACGUCGGCGUCGACAAAAUGUAUACAACACUGUUGCAACGACAGCGAAUGUAAACCCGAACGGUUGCUACCAGAACGACAGGGUGUGGAAGUGCAUUGGGCGCACAGCGGGGAUUGGAGCAGAAAAACCUAAACGAGAUUAAGUUGGGAAAUCUGAUAAACAGCUGCAGUAUGAACUUCGUGCGACAGGGUACGGCUGCCAGCCUGAAUUUGGAUCACGCGCUUAGAUUUCGCGAGCUGGAUCAUCUGCGAAGUAAUCUGGAGGCAGGCAUCUUCAGACAGCGCCUGCAUGCCGCUGAGAAUCUAUACCAGCGCAAUCUGUCUGCACACUAUGGCUGCGUCAAUGCCCUGGAGUUUAGCCCUGGCGGUGAAUACCUGGCAUCGGGUGGCGACGAUAAGCGCGUGCUGCUGUGGAAUGUUGACCAAGCCCUUGGCAAUAUCAGCGAAGACAGCCCUGACGCCAUGUAUGGGGAGCACGCCAGCAACAUAUUUUGCCUGGGUUUCGAUACACUCAACAAAUAUAUCUUUUCCGGCGGCAAUGAUGACCUGGUCAUACAACAUGACCUGUACACCGGCAAGAACCUGAAUUACUUUUCGCACGACGGACCCGUCUAUGGCCUCAGCGUGGACCGCACCAGCACAAAUCUCUUUAGCGUGGCCACGGAGCAUGGCGAGAUCCUGGUCUAUGAUAUGCGUGUGGGCAAAACUGAACCAUUUAUCGUGGCCAACUUUCGGACUCCGUUCAACGCUGUGGAGUUUCAUCCACUAAAUGGAAACUAUUUAGCCACAGCCAACGCCCGACGGGGCGCACAGCUCUGGGACAUGCGGAACAAUACACAGCCAUUUCGCCAGUACAAUUACAUAAGUGAAUCUCCAAGCUGCAUGAGCGUGCGCUUUAACUGCAACGGCAGUCUCUUGCUCACUCUGCAUCGUCGCUUGCCACCUAUCUUAUACAAUCCAAGCUCAUCCGAGCCGUUGUGCUCGUUUUACCACGAUGAAUACUUCAAUUCCUGCACCAUGAAGAGCUGCACCUUUGCCGGCCCCCAAGACGAGCUGGUGGUCUCCGGAUCGGAUAACUUUAAUAUGUUCAUGUGGCGAUUGGACGGAAUCAACUUGGAAAAGAAGAAUCAGUGGAUUGAUACAACACCUGUUAUCCUGACUGGUCAUCGAUCCAUAGUUAACCAGGUGCGUUAUAAUCGCCAACGCUGCCUGCUGGCCUCGUCGGGUGUGGAAAAGAUUAUCAAGUUUUGGAGUCCGUUUGCCCAACAGGGCUGGGAGGGGGCAUUGACGGAGCCAUCGGAAACGCCCCAUUGUACGCGCCCGCUCCAUCGGAACGCCACCGAUCAUGUGUCUCAAGACUUUAGCAUGCGCAACAUGGAAGAGGACCAGGUGAUGCUGGCAUUUUUCGAUACGCUGGUGCAACGUGAGCUCGAGACCUGGACCAGCAACAGCAGCAGUGCGAACGCUAUGGGCCAACAGACCACCACUGGCAGCGACAGCAGCUCGCACUCGUCUUCGGGUCACACUGGGAGCAGCACACAGUCGGACGAACAGAGUGAUGGGGACACACCCAAUGUCAGCGAACUCAGCUGGCAGACACAUCCGAAUCGCAUCUUCUACUUGAUAGCUAAAAAACGGAGAGCCCUGCUGCAGCUGGCGGUCAAGGGCACCGGGGGUCAACAUCGAAAUGUGGAGCAGCUGCUGGCUCGUCUGCUGGGCGAGCAACGGCAAGUGGCCACUCAAGCUCGCAUCAGUGAAUGGCUGGAAGAAACACAUCGAUUGUUCGGCGAUGACGAGUUACCCACCACAUCGGCAGAGGCGGCUUCUCGGGAGCGCCUGCGUCGGGAGUCCAUAUCGCUGGCAACCAGCCGUAGUCCCCGCAAGCCGCCCGAGCUUCGAAUGAUUGGCUCCCUGCAGGCCAAUUUCGAGCAGAUGGAGCGAAAGCGCAAGCUAAUGCGGCUCCGAUUCGCUGCCAUCAAGCGAAGACGCAAAGUACGACGUCCGCGCCGUGGCAGGCAGGAGAAUGAUAACGCCCUCUCCUAUGAUACAGAGUGGCUAGAUGACGAUGAUGAUGAUGAUGACGAUGAUAAUGAUGAUAAUGAGCCUGAGGUUAAUCAAGAGAACAUAGUCGAGGAUAACAACAGCAACAGCAGCAGUGAUGAUACAUCCAACACGUCAAUGGAAGCACAAUUGUCACAGGCGCCGAGCACCUCAAAUUCGCUUCAAUUUGGUCUGGAACCAAACGAAGCCAACAACAAUAGUCCACCGGCUGCGACUAGCCACAACAAAAAGAGGAACGGCAUCCUGACUGCAACUUGCUACUCAGAGACUACCACAUCCUCCAAUUCCUCUUCAAACCAGACGAAUAUUUAAACACAUCCAGGAAGCUCUGCAGAGGUUUCCAUAGACUAUUUAAAGCCGGUAAGCAGAAGGAGAAUGUUUAUCGAAAAUUGAUUGCUAUAAAGUUUUCAAAUACAAUUGACUAGAUCUUAAGCUCUACAAGUAGAAAGUUGAACUUUGAACAUUGGGCUGAACCAAAUCACACACUAUGGCUACGAUUGUGUUAUUAAAUAUUUUAGAGCGUAUCUUAUUGGGCAUACUGAGUUGGCCAUGCUCCGAAUAAUUCUGAUAAACAAAUAAUCCAAACUCAUCUCAUUCAGAUAGCAUUG